GCCCCGCCGGUGGGUUCGAAGGGAGGGUUGUGGGGAUGGCGUGAGGUGGUGGCUGCUGCGGCUCGUCUUCGGGAGUGUUAAGGAGGGAACAAAGGCCAGACGGGGUUGAAGGGAGGACACCCCGAGAGGAACGUCGGCAUCGCUAGCAUCUCUCAUCCCGAAUUUAUCUCGUGCAGCCGGGUAACGCAAGAUGGUGUGCGGUGGAAUGUGCCGUGCCUGGGAUGGGGAUCACCACAAGGUGCGAGAGAAGAAUGGAACAGACAAGGGAGCCGGAAUGAUGAAAUCGCUGCAGGUGUCGUCGCCAAGCUCUUGGGACGAGGAUGUUCCCGCACCAGAAUUGCCAUACCCUGCAGCAGCCCUUCUGGUCGGCAUCUGUGCGUGUGUCUGUUUCGUCAACUCUCUCUCGGGCGACUUUGUGUUUGAUGACUCGGAGGCAAUUGUGAACAACAGUGAUCUCAGAGGGGACACUCCUCUUGCCAACCUGUUCCACAAUGACUUCUGGGGCACCCGUUUGACACAUCCAUCGAGUCACAAAUCGUACAGGCCCUUGACUGUUCUCUCUUUCAGAUUAAACUACUCAUGGGGAGCAUUGGACCCCUUCAGUUACCAUGCUGUCAAUGUUGUAGUACAUUGCCUUGUCAGCAUAAUGAGCCUUAGGGUGUUUUAUGUUGUGUUUGGUAACGGUGCUCCACGGGCUGCCAUCCUGUCGGCCAUACUCUUCGCCACUCACCCCAUUCACACUGAGGCGGUGUCUGGGAUUGUGGGUCGUGCUGAUCUCCUGUGCGCUCUCUUUGUCUUUGUCUCUCUUCUAAGCUAUGUCCGGGCAGUGAAGGAGAUGUCAGGAGCCAUGUCAUACAGAUCUCGGCACACUGUUUUGUAUCUCCUGAUGACUGCAGCAUCAACUGCAACAGCAAUGCUUUGCAAGGAAGUUGGUAUAACAGCUUUGGGUGUUUGCAGUGCCUACGAUGUCCUAUUGGCUCACGGUGGCAUCAUUGGUCGCACGAUUAUAUCUGUUAUUGUUGGACAUAAUCAGCGAGCUUUGGCUUUUUGGAGAAAUCUGCCAGCUGGGAUCCUGCGGGGGCUGAUGUGGAGACAUAUACUACUGGCGGUGACUGGCAUAGCGUUGCUGGCAGCCCGCUGGGUUGUCAUGGGGUCGACUGUGCCAAGGUUCAUGAAGGUGGAUAACCCGGCAUCCUUUCUGGAUAGUGUGGUCUUCAGGGACUACCUCUCAUCAUCUCUGCCUGCCAUCAGAGCUCAGAGACGAAAGGCCUUCUGUAAUUCCUCUGAUCCCAGGGCACGAUGGAUGGCCCAGGCAUUGACAUUGGCCAUGUCAAAGAGGAAUAAGAAGACCCUCCUGUUCCAGGCCUUGGACCAGCGAGUUGUUGGAUACAAUGAGUUCCUGAUGAAGGACAUGGUUAGUUGUCCUGUGGAGAUCCACCAUCCCCAUUAUCAUGUGGAUACCAAGCCAAAGAUCUCCAAGGGCAUCCUUGACACAUCCAGUGUCACAUUAAUACCAGGACUGCAUUCAAGGCCGUGUUGUCUGGGUGUUGUCUUUAAGAACUUCUCACUUCCAGGAGCAUUCCUCUGUAGUAGCUUGGCUACCACACUGGAAAGGGGCUUCGCUCCACAUAUGAGACGCCUGGAAAUGAUCUGGGUGUCUGGUUGGAUCCACAGAUGUAUACUAUGGAUCCUGGUGAAGAAAGGAGUAUGUGUUCUGAUGGGCCUGGCCCUAGGAGUAGUGCCCUUCUUGCCUGCGUCGAAUCUCUUCUUCCGAGUAGGGUUUGUCAUAGCGGAACGUGUGCUCUAUCUCCCCGCGGCUGGAUUCUGCAUCUUGGUGGUUACAGGGAUGCGAGAGCUCAGUGCUGCUGGUCACGUUAGUAAGAGGGUACUCCAAGUCGGCUAUGUAUUAUUGGUGGUUGUGUUCGUCCUGAGGUGCCAGCAGAGAAGCCGUGAUUGGUUGACAGAAAAGCAGCUCUUCAGCUCUGGACUGGAUGUGUGUCCGCUCAAUGCAAAGGUUCAUUACAACAUGGGGAAAGUAGCAGCAGACAAUGGGGAUGUUUUUGAAGCUGUGAGUCGAUACAGAGAAGCCCUUCGGCUGAAUCCUGACUACGACCAAGCCAUGAAUAAUCUAGCCAAUAUUCUAAAGGACCAAGGGCAUCUAGACGAGGCACUGCAUCUCCUCCAACAAGCAACGACACUGAGACCAGAUUUUGCCGCAGCCUGGAUGAACUUAGGAAUUGUUCAGGCAUCAUUGGGUGAUCAUUCCUCGGCAGAGACAAGCUAUCUCACUGCACUGACACACAGAUCUGUGUACCCCGACUGCCUGUACAACCUGGGCAAUCUGUACUUGGAGAAGGGUGACCACAGUGCUGCCUUGGCCACCUGGACCAAUGCCACUUCCCUCAAGCCCUCCCUCGCUGUGGCUUGGACCAACAUGCUGAUUCUGCUGGACUCACAGGGCCUCUACCAGUCAGCAAUUGAUGUGGCUGACAAGGCACUCAGGCACCUACCGAGUGAGCCAGCCCUGCACUUCAAUCUGGCCAACACCCUUGGCAAGUUAAGCCGCUAUGAAGAGUCUGAGUCGCACUUUCUGUUAGCCACCAACCUGGACCCAGGCAACGCCAACUACUGGGCCAACCUAGGGGUCCUGUACCACCGCUGGAGGAAGUAUGAGCAGGCUGAGAAGUCCUACCUCCAUGCCCUCAAGCUCAACCCAACCCUGAAGAGUGCACAGGACAACCUCAACAUGCUGCUCAAGGCCACUGGCAAGAUAUAUAGAUAGCACAAGAUAAGGUCGAGUAAAUUCUAGUGAGGCUUUGUGACCUCAUAUUGGUUGGAGAUUAGGGAAGGGAUAUGUGAGGCAGCAGUGAGUCUGAGAGGGGCUUUGUGGUACGGCCAGAAGUGGGUAUGUUUAAAGUGUUUUUCACAAAUUUGAUAAACGAAGAAACAUGGACUCGGGUCUUUGCUCUACUUAAGUGGUAUGUGAGAAUGACCAGAAUUUUAUACUUGUGGAAGUCAUUUUGACAUAAACAACUUUUAUCCUUGGAGAUGUCAAAAAGAUUUCCAUUGUGUGCAUAGUUGCAUUAUCACUAACAGAUAAGACUUGGAAAAGUAGGAGUACCCAGUCAUACCAUAUCAUUCCGUGCAUAGAUAUAUUGAUACCUCAGUGUUAAAAGGGAAAUGUGCUGUCGUUGAAAUAGAGCUAAUUUAGAUAUUGCUUUUACUUAUGCUCACUGUUGAUUUCUUUGAAGCAGUUUCACGCUUAUCACUAGCCCAUCUAAGUUGCAUUGAUUGCUCUGCAACAAAACUGCAGAUCUUUCCCAUAUGUGACUGAAUUAUGUUUGGUCUGUUGCCAUAUUUUCAAGUUUUUAUAUGUAUUUGUACAUACAUGUAAACCUUAAUAACAGAUUCAUUGUAGUUUAUUAUUUUUUUUUUAAGACUGUAUUAUGAAUCUGUGCUAGUGUUAUUCUUGUUAUCACUGUGGUGUUAAGUCUAAUAAGGCCUUGAGGACUUAUUUCAAGAAAGAUGUGCCAAGACAUUCUGUGUUAAUAUUGAGUUCAAUUAAAAGAGAAAGGCAAUUUUGCUUCUGUAAAGGAGUGCUCAACUAAUAGGACUGUUGUUUAGAGGAUUAUUGUUUUAAUUUUUUGAAGGGCAGUAUGAUUUAAGAAGACAUUUUUUUUUCUUUUACGUUUUGAUGGGCAUUAAAUUCUAUGUAGGAGAAUCUCGGCUUUAGAUGUUAAUUACUUCUUUUGCAGGGAACAACAGGUGUCAUAUUUAUGUAAUUGUACAUAAAAACCUGCGGUAGAUCUCUAUUGUCGUAAAUGGUUACCCUGAAGAACCAAGAAAAAGUCAGUACUUACAUCUGCAAUAUGUUGAUUCUCAGUGUAAAAAUUAUGCUCAUUUGCCACAUAGAAAAGACACUCCAUUGCCAUGCUUCUUACCCCCUGGACACAUACUCCAUUCUUAAAUGUGAUUCAAUGUGGUCCGCCGUCUUGUAGAUGGAGGAUAUGUUUAUUUUUUUAAUGAUGUAUUAGUAUGAUCCCUUGAAUAACCAGUGUCAGAAAGUUACAGCAUGAGAGAAAGCAUUUGGAAUGUGUCAGUGCAUGAUAUAAAGUAAGCUGUUCUUUUAUCAGUGAUAACACUGAUAUAUCAGGAGUAUUUUAGCAAGGAUAAAAGUGGAUUUCACAGCCACCUUACUGUAGUUAAAGUUUGUACAACACGGUUUGCUAUUCAUGCAAACUUUUAAGCAUCCCUGAAACUAAGAUGUUGCCAGAUUUUGAUAAAAGUGAACAAGGAACAAAAGACAAUAUUGUCUCAGCAGUACAUCACAUAAUGUGCAGACAGAGACAGUUGCAGUAAGUGGCCUCUACAAACAUUACUUAAUAGUGGGCAGUCAGAGUUUAUGAAAUCUAUAGUGUAUUUUGUUAUCUGAAGAAGCAUGAUCUGGGUUUUAUUAAUUUAAUUCUUUUGAGAGCUGAUAUCCGAUUCUUUUUAUAUAUAUUUUUCCUUUCAGUUGGUUUGCAUCACUGAAAGCUAAGCUUGGGUUGUGUCACCUAUUAUUUUGUGCUUGUAAUAAUUAUUCUCUUUAAAUAGACAAACAAAAAGCCUUGUCGGAAACAUGAUGUGAACGCCCUCAUUUAUUGUAGCAACUUACCUGAAUGCUGUAGCUAAUGCAUAGGUGACAAGGGCAAUGACAGCUGUUAUGUUUAGCUUUUUAAAUGCCGUAAUUAGGUGUUAUUUGUGAACUGAAAGCUUGUGUAGGAACUUUACCAGUUGAAAUUUGAUUAUUAUGAAAGGAAUAAACCCAGUGUUAUAAAAUAUCUUUUUGUGUAAUGGGAUUUAAGUUUUGAAAGUGCAGUGAUCUGUUACACUAGGGUGUUUCGGAAAAUAUUAACUACAGAAAUGUAUUACUGAAUAUAUUGAAUUGUAGCCAUCCAUAACUCUGCUGCUCACAAAGCUGUAGUUUAGCAAAG